AUGAAGAGGCUGGCGCUCCACAAGGGACGGCUUGAUGGCUCCAAUACGAUCGUGAUACACUCUAUGAACGGCGAUCAGUACCUGGGCCUUGUUUCAGAGGGGGUUCUGUGCAGGGCCAUGGAGCAGAAGAACUCGUCCGUUCCUUUAAACCGUAGUGCUAGCUUAAAUUUUAUGGCGAUGCGAGCUUUUGCCAUUCUGUCUGUGCUCUUAACGGCUGUUCUGGCCCAAUCUUCGUCUAAUCCACUCAUUCCCCAAGGAAUCUCUACCAGCUGCACCAAUUAUCUUACGCAGCUGGACAGUUCGAACUUCACCACCUGCACUGGUCCCAUACUCUCUGCGCUUGCGCAGUAUACCCCCGGUGGCAAUGCCAGCACUUCACUCUCCGACAUCAACACUGCGCUCAACAACGUCUGCGCUUCUAGCGUGACAGCUGGGUGCCCUGACAAUGUCAUCAGUGCUCAGCUGAGCUCGUUCUACGCUGCUUGCACACAAGAAUUGAUAUCUUCCCCCAAUGAAGACGUCAAGAGAAUAUACGAUACCAUAUAUGCUCUCCCUCCGCUGAGGAAGGCUAUUUGCGCAAAGGACGACAGCGGAAAAUACUGUGCUGCCGGACUGAACACGAAGGCAUCCGGCAGUGUGGAUAUCGUUACGCAGGGUUCCAAGCCAUCGUCAAUGGGGCAAUACCUAUAUACGACACAGUCGGGCAGUACCGUCACCCGCCGCGAUUCAUCCGAGGCUCUUAUUCCUAACGUCACCACCUACGAAGAUACCAAUCUUGUCUUCUUGUUCCUGGAACCAUCCACCGACUCGACCACUUUCUGCGUCAGCUGCACGAGGAAUAUCCUCACGCCCUUCAUUACCUUCGAGUCCAAUACCCCCUAUGCCCCUGGCAUCAACAACAGCCUCAUCAUGGCGGGUCAAACUGCGUUGUAUAAUAGCAUCCAGUCGACCUGCGGUACCAACUUCCUCAGCGGAGCUGUUCAGGCUGCUGGCGGACUGUCUAGCAGCAUUUUGAGUGGCAAUGCUCCACGUUCCCUCAGCCAUGAUGUCUCCGUCGCAGUCAGUGCGAUUCUCGGUGCCGCCGCAUUCGCUGCAGUGUCUAUCUAG